AUGUCUUCUGGUUUUCCCAUAGAAGGAAUCGCAAUCGCGGAGUCUAAAGGCGAGCUGUCCGUUGCCAGGAUGUCAGGAGACUCGAAUGCGUCCAACUUCCGCGUUGCUAUUGUUGGUGGUGGCAUGGGUGGAUCAACAGCUGCCUACUAUCUGCGUCAACUGUUUGGCUCACGGGUUGGUAUAACACUAUUCGAACAAUCUGGACGGAUCGGAGGUCGUAUGAAGUCAAUUGAUUUUGCGGGUCAGCGUGAAGAGAUGGGUGCUAGUAUUUUCCACGGAAGCAAUCAGUACAUGCUAAAAUUUGCAAAACAGUUCGAUCUAGAGAUUACGGAUGAGAGCAAAUCUGACGAUCGAGUAAUGUUCUAUGCCGGCCAUGAACACUUGUCAUUCUCAACACUCGGAGGUGCUUCGUUUCUCGUUCCUUUUCGCCUGUUGUGGAGAUACGGCAUACCACUAAUCUGGGUCAAGCUAUACACUGGUUCCAUCAUACGCAGCUUUGUUAAGAUUUACUCUUUGCAAGAUCGUGGCUACUGCUUCACAACAACAGCGCGCUUGUUUGAGGCACUGAAACCGGAAUUCCUUGAAAUGACCAAAUGGACUUACGGAGACUGGCUCAGUAAGAAGCUUCGUGUUGGUGAAACGUUCAAGGAAGAAUUUGCUUAUGGUUUGGUGUCAAACAACUAUUGCCAAAACUUAAGUGUACAUGCUUUUGUAGGUUUUAUAACCAUGGCAACCGUACUAUCAAAGCUGUUUUCCGUCAAGGGGGGUAAUGAACAAGUACCUCAAAGGCUGGUGGACAGUGCCAUGAAAGAAGGUUGCCCAGACAAUCCAAGUCAGCUAGUAAAUGCCCAGGUUACGAGCAUCCGUUCUACCAAGGUGGAUGGCUGCAGUUGGGAAGUGGAAUAUCGUCCGAAAAAUGAAGAACAAAUCAAACGGGACACAUUUGAUUACGUCAUUUUGGCUGUUCCCGUAAACCAACAGACUAAUAUCCAGACGGACGGUUCAGUCCAGUUGCCAUGUUCCGAGUACCAACAGGUGGACAAGUGUCUGUUUUCCGGCUCAUUGAAAAACUGGAAGUUUGGGAUUGGGCCAAGAUCGUACCUUGCUCGUCAAGGAGUUGUGAUCCUUCCGAAUCAAACAGCCUACCUGACAGGAACUUGUGCAUUUCGAAGUUUAAUCUCAUUUGGCAUAGAGGAGAAUCGGGCGAAUGAACAACGCAUUUGGAAUAGUUUCUCGGUUCCAUGCCAAACACCUAAUCCAAUCCAAUCAAUAGGAAAUGAAUACAUUGAUCAAUCCGGGGAAAAACAGACUCCGCCGACUGUUGUGAACUGGUUGGCUUACCCAGUUUAUAAACCGGUGCAAACCCCCCAUGAGGACCUGGGGAAAUUCGUCCUCGCUCCCAAAUUCUACUACGUAAAUGCCAUUGAACGAAUGGCCUCAUGCAUGGAAAUGGCAGCUAUUGGCGGACGCAAUGCAGCACUUCUGGUAGCCGCAGAUAUGGAGGCUAGCGAGACGCGCAACGGAAACAAAAACCGAACACCGUUAGCUAUGUUAGAUCAUAAUGUUGGAUGAAUGCAAUUAUGUUGUUUAUGAUGUUGCGAACUUAUCCAUGCAUUCCCGGUGACUACUCGAAUGAAAUCACC